AUGACAAAGUAUUAUGAAAAACUAUACUUUGGCAAAUUUGAAAACCUAGAGGAAAUGGACAAAUUUCUAGAAACAUGCUACCAACCCACACUAACACGAAAUGAUAUUGAAAAUCUGAACAGGCCAGUAACAAGAGAAGAGAUUGAAAAGACUUCAAAGCAGCAUAAACUGAAAAAGAUUCAGAAAUUCACAGGUUAGAAAGAACCUAUCAUUUACUCUUUAGUCCCAGAUCCACAGUGGGAAGAAGACCCCAUGAUGGGUUACACUGAAGCUAACCUGACAUACUUUUCAGGAUUCCCUGUGGGCUGGACCCAGGAGUACGUACUCUGGUCAAUGGACAGGAGUCUUCAACACAUCUUCAGAUACCUGGAAAGUGCAAGAUCAAGUCUUAUGGGACCCUCUUUGCCUGAACCACAGGAUACGAUUUCUUCCUCCAACUCCUCUGUUUUUAUGGCUCAGGAGCCUGUUUUACCUCGUUGUGACUGUAAGAAGGCAAAGCAUUCUACUGACCACAGCAUCUCCUCUGGAUCACUAGGCAACAUCUCCAGCCCAUCUCACCUUCCUGUCUUUUCUGAAGGGACCACUGGAAAAUUCCGGAGCCAUAGUUUACCUGUUUCUCCCAAAAGGCAGUCUUCUGUGAUCAGAAACCAAGACCCAUCCCCGCCUUCUUUUUGGCUCCCAGAACCUGAGAAAUCAAAGCUUUUUCAGAAUUUGGCAGUUCCUUCAUCCUUAAAUCCCCAAAGCUCUUUUAUCAACUCUAUUUUUGAAUCACCAAAUCUCUGCAAACAACAAGGGAAAACAAAGAAUGAGAGAAGGAGCAAGAGUCAUUUGACAUCAGAUUGUGGGCCAAAUUCUGUUUUCAAGGAGACACCACAGCUCCCAGAGUGGGCUCCAAUCCAGAUCUCUCCUCUGGCUAGGUGGGAGCUAGAGGGACAUAUGGCUUGGAAGGUUUGUACUUUGCGGGAACAAACAGUGCCUCUGGCUGUGAGGGAAUCAUGGGCAAUGUUGAAUUAUUUAAUUGAAGUACAAGGAGUUUCUAAACCAGAGAAAUCCCAAACCCAGUCAUCUAUGCCCAGUCUUCAAAAUAUUGAGCAAAACACCAACAAUAAAUCCCCAGAUCUUUCAUCAUUUCAGCUCCAUGUGAACAUUGAACUGGAAUCUGGAUUAAAUAGGUCAGAAGCCAAAAUUUCACAGUCACUUAUCCCAGAGAAGCAGCCACAACCUGGAGGUGGCCCCCAAACUCCUGGAUCCAGAGUUACUUCCAUGGGCACUCCACCCCACAGAAGCUUGGGAGUUGGCAAACUUCAAGAGGAGACCACUUUAUUGAAGCAUCCAAAACACAUGCUAGAACUCAGUAUAGAGCAGAGACUUGUAGGUCUUCCAGAGAAAAGGGUGGAGCAGCAGAAGACCCAAGUAACUGAUGUGGAGUGGACCCCAAGGCUACCUUAUCAAGGCACAGGUAGCAUAAAGUUUACUCCAUUGGCAUUGUUUCAGGUCAUAGAUUACACGGGGAUAACCUCAGAAUCACAUUCAGAAGUGACAGAAUCUGUGGGUUUGUUCCCAAGGCCUUCAAAUCAAGUUCUGAAACCAAUGGACACCAUUGAAACAGUGAGUAUAACUUCAGAACCAUCACAUCAAGUCAUUAAAUCAGUAGAAGUAAUCCCAAGGCCUCAGCAUCAAGUUAUAGAAUUGAAGGGGCUGACCUCAAGAUCACUGAAUCAAGUUACAGAUAAUGUGAAGGUAACUCCUGUAGCACUGAUUCAAGUCACAGAUUCUAUGAGAAUGAUUAACAAACCACAUCCACAUACCACAGAAUCAGUGGGGAUGACCCCCAAAUCACAAUUUCAUAUCAUGGACUCAGUGAAGAUGGCCCAUAAAGUCAUAAAAUCAGGAACAGUGAAUCCAGUGUCACAACAUGCAGUCAUGGAAACUGUGGAUAUGUCCCCAGGGCCACAAUGUAAAGUCAUGGAAUCAGUGGGCAUGACGUCAAGGCCACAAAGUCAAAUUAUGGAACCACUGAAGAUUACUCCAGGGCCAACAUAUCAAAACACAGAAUCAUUGGAAAUGUACUCGAGGCCAUUGUAUCAGGUUAUAGAUGACAGGAAAGUAACUUCAGUGGCACUGUUACAAGCUAUGGAUUUCAUGGGGAUAAUUCCACCAGGACAGCCACAUGUUAUAGAUUCUGGGGGUUUGACCCCAAAUUCACAGUUUCAAAUUGCAAAUUUGACCCCAAGGCCAAGUCAACCAGUUGGUUUGACUUCUUACUGUAGCUCACCUACUACUAUUGCUCCACUUGGAGUUGUACAAUAUGUGGAUAUAACUCCAAGGCCCCCCACUAAGGUCAUGGAAUCAGUAGGGAUGAUUCCAAAGCCAUCACAUCAAGGCAUACAUCCUCCAAUAGCAUUUGGGUCACCCAUGGGAGAAAUGACAGCACCACAGUCACAAAUUGUAGAAUCUCAGGGCUUGACCCCAAGGCCAAUAUCUCAAGUCAAGGAACCUCUGGAAUUGACUCCUGGGUCAUGGAUUCAAGUGCUAGAAUCUGUGGGAAUUACUCCACAACCAUAUCAUCAAGACACAGACUCUAUGGCAUUAACCCCAGGACCAUCUCAUCAAGUCAUGAAACCUUUGAGGUUGACCCCAUGGUGUCAAAUACCAGAAUAUUCAGAGAUGAGUCCAAGACAAAGCCAUCAAGCUAUAGAAAUGAUGGAGCUGACCUAUGACAACAGGCAACAAAUGAAAAAAUCUGCAGAGCUGACACAGUCAAAUCAUCAAAUAAUGGAAUCUUUAGGGACAAACCCAGGGUUGCUGAGUCAAGGUACAGAAUCUGUGCAAAUGAGUCAAAAUCCACUUCAGCAAGUCACAGAAUCUGUAGUAAUGACUACUGCAUCACUCCUUCAAGGUAUGAAAUAUAUGGGGGUGAAACCAAUGCCACAACUUAAGGCUAUGGAUUCUAUGAAGUUGUUCCCGGGAUUGCAAAAUGUAAAAUCUGAGAACCUGACCCUAGGGUCAAGGUUGCAAAGUGUGAAAUCUGUAGACAUAGCCACAGGCUCAAUUCCACAAAUGGUAAAAUAUGGACAGCUGGCCCCAACCGUGGAAUCUAUAGAAUUGGCCCCAGAACUUGAACUGCAAAGUGUGAAAUCUGAGAAGUUGGUACCCACACAACAGAUGCAAAGUGGGAAAUCUCUGCAGUCAGUCCCGAGGCCUCAGGUUCAAGGUAUGAAAUCUAUCCAGUUGACCCUAGGACCACAACUUCAAAGUGUAAAAUCUACUGAGUUGACUCCAGUACCACAAUUGCAAAGUAGGAAAUCUAUAGACUUAACCCCCAAUUCACAGUUGCGAGGUAUGGAAUAUGCUCAUUUGACUCUACCACCAGAGUUUCAAGGUAUAAAAACUGUGGAGUUGACAUUAAGACCAAUAGUGCAAGGUAUAAAAUCUACAGAGUUGGCCCCAGAACCAAGGCUACAAGAUACCAGGUCUGAGAAUAUACCUCCAGUGCUAUUGCUUGAAGGUGCGAAAACUAUGGAAUUAACUCCUCAAAAGGUAGAAUGUAGGAGGUUAGCGUCUGAUAUCUGGUCACAAGAGGAGGCAUCUGUGAAGUUGAUCCCAAAACAAGUUAUAGAAACUGCUGGGAUGAUGCCUGGGCCAUAUCGUCAAAAUUUUUCAGAGAUGAUCUCAGGGCCAGACUAUCAAGACACAGAAACUGUGAAGUUGACUUCUGUGGCAUUAACACAAAAACCAACAGGUCAAGUUGUAGAAUCUGUAGGAAUAACUCCAAGGCCGCAUCUUCAAGUUAGUGACUCUUCAGAGAUAACCCUAAAAUCAGAAUAUAAAGACACAGCAACUGUGGGGUUGACAUUGCUCCCAGUUGAAAAAAUCCAGAGGACAACCCCAGUACCACCAUAUUUAGAGAAAGAAUCUCUGGAGUUGACUCUAGCGCCAAGCCUGCAGGAUGAGAAAUCAGAAUCACAGCUGCAAGAUUUGAGAUCUGUGGAUUUAACUCCUGAUCCAUCUUUAUUAGCGGUAGGAUCUAAAAGGUUAGUUAUAGGACCAAAGCCACCUGUUAUGGAGUUGACCUCAGGGCCACAGCUCCAAGAAAUAAAGUCUAGGCAGUUGGAUCCAGAGCUACAGUUGCAAGAUGUGAAAUAUAUGAAUUUAACCAAACAGUUAACUACAAGUGGGGUAGAAUCUGAGUUGACACCAGGUAUGAUAUCAGAGGAAAUGAGUAAGGGGGCACAGCUCCAAGGUGUGAAAUCUGGGGAUUUAAUUCUAGACCCAUUGCAGCAAAGUGUCAGAUCCUCUGGACUGACCCUAGGGCCACAAUUGCAAAGUGUCAGAUUUUCCAAGUUAACUCCAGGGCCACUUUUUCAAGGAGAAAAAUAUGUAGAUUUAAUCUCAGGGCACCCACAUCUUGGUGUGAAAUCUGAUGAAUUUAACCCAGGUUCUCCAAUGCAAGAAAUCAAAUUAUCAGAUUUCAUCCCAGGGCCAAAGCCUCAAAGCAUCAAAUCUAUACAGUUGACUCCAGAACCACAAUUUCAAGGUACGAAAUUUGUGGACUUAAUCCCAGGGCCAUGUUUGCAGGAUGCCAAAUUUUCUGAUUUGACAUCAGAGCCAAAGCACCAAGGUUUCAAAUAUGUACAGUUGGUACCAGGAACACAGCUUCAAGAUGUAAAGUCUCUAGGGUUUGUACCAGAGUCAUUUUUGAAGUUCAGCCAAGGGCCACAGGUUGAAGAUAUGAAAUCUGUUCUGUCUCCUCCAGAAUCACAGUUUCACAGUGCAAAAUCUGUGAAAUUGACCUCAGAACGAUUUCAAGUUGUGAAAUCUGAGGAACUGAACCUAGGGCCAUGGCAGCAAAAUGUCAAAUUUUCUGGAUUGACUCCAGGGCAAAAGUUUCAAGGUGUCAAAUUUGGGGAGCAGAUCCCGGGACCAAUGGAUCACGGUGAGAAUUCUGUGGAGGUGACCCCAGAGUGGGGGCUGCAAGAUUCCGAAUCAGCAAGGAUUUCUCUAGGGCUUCAAGGUAUAAAACAGGUGGGGCUUAACCCAGAGCCAUGGCUACAAGACGUCAAAUUUUUUGAUUUGAACCCAGGAACUCAACCUCAAGGUAUGAAGUCUUCAGAGUUAAGCUCAGGGCCACAGCUGCAAUGUGCAGAACUUUUUGAGUUGACCCUAGAGCCAAGGAUGCAAGGCGAUAGAUCUAUGGAGUUGAUCCCAAGACCAGAGAGACAAGGGCAUAAGCCUGAGAUGUUAGUAGCAGAGCCACUGUUUCAAGAUGUAAAAUAUGUAGAGGUGAACCGAGUACCAUGUUUUAAUAAAUUAGUCUCAAAGCCACAGAUACAACAUUCUGAGUUGACCAGAAAACCACAGUUCCAAGGUAUGAAAUCUUCUGAAUUGAUCCAAAGACCACAGUUGAAGGAUGUAAAACCUGUGGAGUGGACCCCAGUUUCAAAGCUUCAAGGUUUAAAUUUUGAGGAGUUGAACCUAAAGCCACAGGUGGGAGGUGUGAAAUAUGUAGAGAUAACCUCAGGACCACAGGUAGAAGAUGUCAAAUCUGUGAAAUUCACUCCAGGUUCCAAGCUUCAAGCUGUGAAAUCUGUGGAGUUGACUCCUGGUUCAAAAAUUCGAGAUUUAAAAACUGUGGAGUUGGUCCCAGGUCCACAGCUGCAAGAUGUGAAAUCUGUGGAACAGAACCUUGAGUCAAAUUUGCAAGGUGAGAAUUCUAUAGCUUUUGCACCAGGGCCAUUGCUUCAAGGCGUUAAAUCUAUGGAGGUGCUCCAAAUGCCCCAACUACAAGGUGUAAAACCUGAGGAAUUGACUUUAGAGCCACAAAUACAAGAUAUGAAAUUUGUGGAAAUUACUCCAUGUUUAAAGCUUCAUAGUUUAAAGUCUGUAGGAGUGAAUCCAGAUCCACAAUGUGUAAAGUCGGUGAAGUUGACCCCAAGGCUAAAGAGAGAGGUGGUAAAAUCUGUGAAUGAAACCAAAAGACAAGAGUUUCAAGAAGUCAGAUCUGUGGACUUAUCCCCAAGGCAACAAUUUCAAGGAAUGGCAGCUAUGGAUUUAACUCCUGGACCAGAACGGGAUGGUGAGAUAUCUGUAAUAUUCUCACAAGACCAAAAAUGUGUGGAUUUAGAAAAAUUGAAGAGAGAGUCUGAGUCAGAAGGUGUGAUGUCUUUAGAGUUAAUUCCAGAACCAAAAUUUGAAGGUGUAAAAUGUGCAGACCUCAAUGUUGAGCUACAGCUGAAUGGUAUGAAAUCAUUUGAAUUGACUCCAGAACUAAAUAUUCAAGGUAUAAAACCUAAAGCAUUCACGUUUGAGCCACAGUUGCAAAGCAAAAAAUCUUCCAAGUUGAUUCCAGGACCACAACUGCACCAAGUGAAACCCUUGGAGACAACUUCAGGGCCACAGCUUCAAGGUGAGAAAACUUUGGAGUUAAACCAAGAGCCAGAGCUUAAAGGUAUGAAAUCUAUGCAGUGGAUUCCAGUACCAGAGUUUCAAGGUACAAAAUCUGUACAGUUAGCUCUAGAAUUACAAUCUCUAGGUGUUAAAACUGCAGAGUUGAAACCCAUGGUACAGUUGAGAGGUGUGAAGGCAUCUGAAUUGACUCUAGGACCAAAGUUUCAAGGUGCAAAAUCUAUGCUCAACCUUGGGCCACAGUGGCAGAGUGUGAAAACCCCUGAGUUGUCCCCAGGAUCACAGCUUCAAACAAGAAAAAAACUGGAGUCAACCUUACCACCACAGCUUAAAGGUAUGAAAACCGUGGAGUUAAAUCAAGAGCCAAAGCUUGGAAGCAUGAAAUGUGUUCAGUGGAUACCAGGACCAGAGUUCCAAGGUAGGAAAUCUGUAGUGUUGAAUAUUGGGUCACAAUCUCGAGGUGUCAAACCUGUAGAGUUGAAACCCAUGGUACAGUUGAGAGGUGUGAAGUCAUCUGAAUUGACUCUAAGAUCAAAACUUCAAGGUGAAAAAUCCAUGAAGUUCAACCUUGGGUCACAGUGGCAGAGUGUGAAAACCUCUAAGUUGUCCCCAGGACCACAGCUGCAAAAAGGGAAAAAUCUGGAGUCGACCUCACAGCCACAGCUUGAAGGUGUAAAAACUGUGGAGUUAAACCAAAAGUCAGAGCUUGGAAGCAUGAAAUGUGUUCAGUGGAUACCAGGACCAGGGUUCCAAGGUAGGAAAUCUGUAGUGUUGAAUAUUGGGUCACAAUCUCGAGGUGUCAGACCUGUAGAGUUGAAACCUGAGCUACAGUUGAGAAGUGUGAAGUCAUCUGAAUUAACUCUAGGGUCAAAACUUCAAGGUGGAAAACCCAUGGAGUUCAACCUUGGGCCACAGUGGCAGAGUGUGAAAACCCUUGAGUUGUCCCCAGGACCACAGCUGCAAAAAGAGGAAAAUUUGGAGUCAACCUCACAGCCACAGCUCGAAGGGGUGAAAACUGUGAAGUUAAACCAAAAGCCAGAGCUUGGAAGCACAAAAUGUGUUCAGUGGAUACCAGGACCAGAGUUCCAAGGUAGGAAAUCUGUAGUGUUGAAUAUUGGGUCACAAUCUCGAGGUGUCAAACCUGUAGAGUUGAAACCUGAGCUACAGUUGAGAGGUGUGAAGUCAUCUGAAUUAACUUUAGGAUCAAAAUGUCAAGGUGAAAAACGCAUGGAUUUCAACCUUGGGCCACAAUGGCAGAGCGUAAAAACCCUUGAGUUGUCCCCAGGACCACAGCUGCAAAAAGGGAAAAAUUUGGAACCAACCUCACAGCCACAGCUCGAAGAUGUGAAAACUGUGGAGUUAAACCAAAAGCCAGAGCUUGGAAGCACAAAAUGUGUUCAAUGGAUACCAGGACCAGAGUUCCAAGAUAGGAAAUCUGUAGUGUUGAAUAUUAUGUCACCAUCUCCAGGUGUCAAAUCUGUAGAGUUGAAACCUGAGCUACAGUUGAGAGGUGUGAAGUCAUCUGAAUUAAGUUUAGGAUCAAAACUUCAAGGUGAAAAACGCAUGGAUUUCAACCUUGGGCCACAGUGGCAGAGGGUAAAAACCCCUGAGUUGUCUCUAGGACCACUGCUGCAAAAAGGGAAAAAUUUGGGGUCAACCUCACAGCCACAGGUUGAAGAUGUGAAAACGGUGGAGUUAAACCAAGAGCUAGAGCUUGGAAGCAUGAAAUGUGUUCAGUGGAUACCAGGACCAGAGUUCCAAGGUAGGAAAUCUGUAGUGUCGAAUAUUGGGUCACAAUCUCAAGGUGUCAAACCUGUAGAGUUGAAACCUGAGCUACAGUUGAGAGGUGUGAAGUCAUCUGAAUUAACUCUAGGAUCAAAACUUCAAGGUGAAAAAUCUAUGGCAUUCAACCUAGGGCCACAGUGGCAGACUGUGAAUACCCCUAAGUUGUGCCCAGGGCCACAGCAGCAAAAAGCAAAAAAUCUGGAGUCAACCUCAGAGUCGGAGCUUCAGGGUGUGAAAACUGUGGAGUUACACCAACAGCCAGAGCUUGGAAGUAUGAAAUCUAUUCAAUGGAUACCAGGACCAGAGUUUCAAGGUGUGAAAUCGUUAGUGCUAAAUCUUGGGUCACAAUCUCAAGGUGCCAAACCUGUAAAUUUGAAACCUGAUCUACAGUUGAGAAGUAUAAAACCAUGUGACCUGACUUCAAAGUCAAAGCUUUGUGGUAUAAAAUCUAUGGCAUUCAAACCUGGGCUUCACACACAAGAUUUAAAAUGUCCUGAGUUGUCCCCAGGACCACAGCUGCAAGAAGUGAAAACCUUAGUGUCACCCCCAGGGACACAGCUUCAAGAUGUGAAGUCUCUAGUGCUUGCACAAGAGCCACAGCUUCCAGGAGUGAAAUCUGGGGUUUUAAGCCAGGGUCCACAACUGCAAAGCGAUAAAACUGUAGAGUUGAAAUCACCUGUGUUAACACUUCAGACAGAGCUUCAAGAUAUGAAAUAUGAGUUCAGCUCUGGACUACAAUGGCAAGGUGUAAAAUCUUCUAAGUUAGCCCCUGAGACAAAGUCCCAGGGCACAAAAUCUAUCGAGUUAAACCCCAGCUCACAGUUGCAAGAUGCAAAAUUUUCUGAGUUGACCCUGGGAACAAAGAUUCAAGGUGUCAAAUCUAUGGACUUUAACCCUGGGCUACUGUUGCGAGGCAUGAAAUCCUCUGAAGGUACCUCAAAGUCAAAGCUUCAAGAUGUAAGGCAUACAGAAUUCAGCCCUGGUCCCCAGGUGCAAGUUGUGAAAUCUUCUGAACUGAUCCUAGGAUCAAAACCUCAAAGUGUGAAAUUGGUGGACUUCAACCCUGAGCCACAGUUGCAAGGUGGGAAAUCUUCUGAGUUAAUCUCAGAGACAAAGUUUCAAGAUGUGAAAUCUGUGGAAUUCAAAUCUGGGCCACAGUUGCUAAGUGUGAAAUCUUCUGAGUCUGUCCUGCGGACAAAACAUCAAGGAGUGAAACCAGCGGAAUUCAGCUCAGGCCCACAGCUGCAAGAUGUAAAAUCUUCCAGGUUGAUCAUGGGCAAAAAGCUUCAAGAUGUAAAAGCUAUGGGUUUCAGUUCUGGACCACACUUACAGGAUGUGAAAUUUUCAGAAAUGACCCCAGGGAUAAAGCUUCAAGGUGUGAAAUCUUUAGAAUUCAAACCUGGUAAGAAGUUUCAAGGUGAUAAACAUUCUGAUUUGACCAUGGGGUGUAAGUUUCCAGGUGUGAAAUCAGUGGAGUUUAACUCUGGACCACAGACACAAGGUGAAAAAUCUUCUGAGUUGACUUCAGAGACAAAGCUUCAAGAUGUGAAAUACGUAGAGUUCAACCCUGGACCACAGAUACAAGGUGAAAAAUCUUCUGAGUUGAAUCCUAGGCCAGAGCUUCAAGGUAUAAAAUCUAACGUGUUCUGCCUUGGGCCAUAUUUGCAAUGUGUGAAUUCUUCUGAGUUUUUUUCAGGGCCAAAACCUCAAUGUGUAAAUUCUAUUGGCUGCAACCCUGGGCCACAUUUGCAAGGUGUGAAAUCUUCUGAAUUGACUCCAGUUUCAAAACUUCAAGGUAUGAACUCUUCUUUGCUGGAUCCAGGGACAGACACUCAAAGUGAAAUAUCUAUGGUGUUCAACCCUGGACCACAUUUGCAAGGCUUGAAGUCUGAAUCGACUCUAGGGUCACAAUUUGUAGGAGUAACACCCAUGGAAUGCAACCACGGGCCACAAGUACAGUGUGUCAAUUCUUCUGAGUUGAAUCCAGGACCAAAAUUCCAAUGUAUGAAUUCUAUGGGGUGCAAACCUGGGUCACACUUGCAAGGUUUAAAAUCUUUUGAGUUGACUUCAGGGACAACAUUCCAAGGUAUGAUAUCUUCUAAGGUGAAUCCAGGUUCAGGAUUUGAAGAUAUAAAAUCUAUUGUGUCCAACCCUGCACAACAUUUGCAAGAUGUAAAGUCUAAAUUGACCCCAGGGACAAAGUUCAACUCUGGCCCACAGUUACAAGGUAUAAAUUCUUCUGAAUUGAAUUCAGGGCCAAAACUUCAAUGUAUGAAUUCGGAGGAUUUGCCCUCAUACCUCAGACGGCAUGAUGUGAAAUCUGUGAAAUCUGCGGUGUUUCUAUCAGAGCCAUGCUCUCAAGAUGUGAAAUCUAUGAAGUCAAACUUAUGGCCCCAAUGUCAAUUUGAGAAUUCCUUAGGGUUGACAUCAUGCCUGAGGUCACAAUGUGUUAAAGCAGUGGUUUCUGCACCAGAGCCAUGUUUUCAAGAUGUAAAAUCUGUAGAGUUGACACUAGGGUCUCAACAGCAAGGUACGGAUUGUCAAGAGUUGACUUCAGGUUGCCAAGGUGUGAAAUCAGUGGUGUUAGCACCAGAGCCAACUAAGGAGGUAAUACCAGGACCAAUGUUGACUAGUGUCAAAAUUUCAAAUUUUUGUCCAGAAUCACAGCAACAAGGUGUGAAAUCUUUGGAAUUUACUUCACAGUCAGAAUUGCAAAGUACAAAAUGUAUGGAAUUGUCUUCAACGUCUCUGCGGCAAACUAUAAAAUCUAUGGAGUUAGCACCAGUGACACCGCUUCAACAAGUGAAAUAUGAGGAGCUAACUCCAAAACCAGGUUAUCAAAUCACAGAAUUCUCUGAGGUUAUCCCUAGGACAGAGUGGCACUUUGCAGAAUAUGCAGAGAUGAUCCCUAAGCCAAGGCAUCAAGACCCUAAAUAUGUGAAUUUGACUUCAAUACCAAUUCAUCAAAUCACAGAAUCUUCAGAAAUGACACCUGGGUCAGCAUGUCAAGGCCCAGAAACUGUACAGAAAUCUGUGGGGUUUGUCCCAAAGCCCAUGAGUAAAGCCAGUGAAUCUUCAGGGAUGCUUCUCGAGCUAGAUCUUCAAGUACCAGAAUCUGUGGAUCUAACUCCACUGCUAGGGGGUCAAGGAUCAAAAUCACUAGAAUUAACCCCAGAGAAAAGUUACCAAGUCCCAGAAACUCUAGAGUUACACUCUCAGUCAUGGCCUCAAGUUAAGGAUUUUGGGGUGUCAUAUAUAAAGCCAUUGCAGAAAGUUGUGGAAUCUGAAGGAAUGACCCCAGAGCUAAAGCAUCACAUUACAGAAACUGUGGGGUUGACUUUUGAGGCAGGGCUUCAAGGGGAAGAAUCCCUUAGGAUGAUCCCAAAGCCAAUAAGUCAAGACACUAGAUAUAUACAGAAAUCCCCAAGGCCCUAUCCUCAAGCCCUAGAACCUGUGGAGGUGAUCCCUGAGAAAAGGCUGCAAAGGAAAGAAUCUGUAGCAUUGAUUCCAAAGUCAUUACAUCAUGUCCCAGAAUCUCCAGGGAUGACACCAGGGCUAGGACAUCAAGUUCCUGAAUCUGUGGAGUUGCCUUCCGAGAUAUGGGUCCAAGUGGAGGAACCAAUGGAAUUGACUGCAAUGUCAUGGGAUCAUAUGGGAUCUUCUGGGAUAAUAUCAGAGUUAGGACAUCAAGCUCCAGAAUCUGUGGGUUGGACCUCUAGGCAACAACUGCAAAUGGAGGGAUCUUUAGAGUUGUCCCCAAAGCAAACAGAUCAAGUUGCAGAAUCUGAAGAGCUCAUCUGUAAAACAUGGCAGCAAGAGGAGGGACCAAUGGGGUUAAAAGAGUCACGGUAUCAAAGUAUGAAAUAUUCAGGGACAGCCCCAGAAUCACCAGAUCAAAUUAUAGAAUCUAUGAGGAUUAGCCCAAAGCCACUUGACCAAGUCGGAGAAUCAGCAAGGACACAGCUUCAGCUUCAAGUUUCCAAAUCAGUAGGGGUAACCCCAAUGACCCCCCAAAAAGUUGUUGAAUCUGUGGAAGUGACCCCUGGGCCACCAAUUCAGGUUGUGAAGUCUGUGGCGUUAACCCCAAGGCCAACCUUUCAAAUGGUAGAAUCUGUUGAAUUAACUCCAAAACUGCAAGAUAUGAGACCUUUAGAGUUUACCUCAGGGCUACGGCUACAAAAUGUGAAAUCUAAGAAGUUAAUCACAGAGCCAACACACCUAGUUUUGGAAAUAAUAGAGUUGGAAGGGUUUCAAAUUGUAAAGACUGUGUUAAUUCCUGGACCACUAAUUCAAAUUGUAAAGUCUGAAGAAUUAGCACCAGGGCCAGUUCCUCAGUUUGUAGAACCAACAGAAGUAGCCCUAAGACCUGGGCUUGAAGUAAGGGAAUAUUCAGAUUUAUUCCUAAGAUCACACCUGCAAGAACUGGUAGAACCUGUGGAAUUAACUCCAAGGCUAAAUAUUCAAGUGAAAUCUGAAGAAUUAACUCCACAGCCAACAUCUCCAUUUGAGAAACCUAUAGUGGUGACUCAUAAACAAGAUCUUCAGGCUAUGAAAUCUAUAGGGAUAAAAACAGGGCCUCCUCAAGUCAUGGAAUUUGAGGAUUUGAAUCUAGGACAGGUGUAUUACAAUAGAGAAUUCGAGGAGUUAACACCAGGAGAAGAACUACAAGUAGGAAAUUAUACAGUCAUACACAGCUCCUCAUCCCCACUCAUCUCAAGCCCUGUCAAAAAUACAUCUGAAUUAGGAGGCCACUGGGACUCCGAAAUGCCAGGAGUAUCAAGAGACUUGGAUAUAAAAAACCUUGAGACAGAUAUUUUGCAGUCUGGAGAGUCCUAUAUAGACUCUACUAUGAUACAGUCUUCAGCCCUUCCUUUGGACCUUCUUAACCAAUCCUGUGAUCGCACAACUAUCACUGUGGAAACACCACAUUCUGAGAUCCCAAGAGUGGAUGUCAUACAUAAGGAGAAGACCAAAAGAAUGCAGAUGGAGGAGCUAGACAACUCACUUCAAUGGGAACAUGGUCUUAAGAGCCUAGCCCAACAUCCAUCACAAAGCUGGAGAUUACGAUCUAGGAUUUCACAGGCAGGAUCAGGUGUUCCAAGAGGGCUGACUUGGUCCAUCCUUGGCAGACAACGGAAUGUCUGUGAGAGUCACGCCUGGAAACAGCGACUACCUAGAAAAUAUCUCUCCAAUAUGGUAAUGCUGGGAAAUGUCUUGGGGGCCACUAUGGAAAAGAAACGUCGUUCUCAAAUAUCUCUAGCAGAAAGAACCACUGCAGAUACCCGUCAAUCUAUUCAGAAAUUAUUUGGGGUUCCAGCAGAACUGAUGAAAUUCCCCCAGAGCCUGCUAGAGAAGGGUCAGGGUACUAUUUCUCAGCCUUCAGUGGUCAAAAACUACAUUCAGAGACAUACUUCAUGCCAUGGUCAUGAGAAGAGAACGGCCAUAAGGAUGUGGACACGUGGCUCCACGUCUUCCAUAAUACAGCAAUACUCUGGGACUAUAGUGGGAAUAAAGAAAACAAAUUCAAGGUUCAGUGAUAUGUCCCAGGAGGUGAGUCAACAUAUGCCUGUCUUACAUACAGGGGACCAGAUUCCUGUGCCAGUAAAGUCAGAGUCUUCCCUCAGGAUAUUUUUCACUAGUAAAGAUUCUGUUCCAGUGGAAGAGAGUGAGAACUCACAGAGUGAUUCGCAGAAAUGGACUAUUGAGCCCCAGCACUCCCUCAAGCCAAGUUAUCUUUCCCAGGCUAAGACUGACUUCUUGGAACAGUUCCAGCUACAAGACCUGCAGCUAAAAAUAGCAGCGAAGCUCUUAAGGAGCCAACUACCUCCCAAUGUGCCUCCACCUUUAGCUACAGGUCUGGUACUAAAAUACCCUAUCUGCUUACAGUGUGGCCGAUGUUCAGGAUUUCAUUGUUGUCAUAAAUUACAGGCCAAUUUUGGGCCUUACCUUCUUAUCUAUCCACAGCUCCACCUUGUAAGCACUCCUGAAGGCCAUGGUGAGAUUCAACUGGAUCUUGGCUUUAGGUUGCGAACUGGGAAAAGAUCCCAAGUUCCAAAGUAUCACAGAAGAGACAGACCCAUCAUACCAAAGAACACUAUAUCAUCCUCACAAAGAAAAGCUAAAAUCUAUACUCAAACCUCCAAGAGUUCUACUACCACCACAGAUUUCUGGUCUGGGCCUUCCCAGUCUCCUACUCCUGUACAAGUCCACAUCAGGCAAAGGCAACAUGGCAACCCUGACUCAGUAGGAAAGACAGAAGAAAUUCAAGAGUCUGGGCACUACGAAUUCACUCAAGUUCACUCCCUGCCAGAGAGUAGUUCUGAAAGCAAUCAGGAUGAAAAAUGGGCUAAGGUGAGACCCAAAAAGACCCCUGGUGCAAAAUAUCCAAUGAAGAAAAUUACUGAGGAAGUUAGAACACAAAGCAAUAGAAGCAUAAUAGAGAGUCCCUCCAGGGAAUUACCAGCUCAGUUAAGAAGGAAGAGGAUUGCAGCAGCUCAGACAACUCCUGCCUCUUUAAAAAGAAAAUCUAAGAAAUCCUCCCAACCCACGUUCAUGCAACUGCUUUUUCAGGGCCUAAGGCAGGCAUUCCAAACAGCACGCAGAAUUGUGGUUUCUACUGGGCAGAAGCCUGAGGGCAGGGAAAUGCCAGACAACUUGUGGUUGAACAAAAACUCCCCCCUAAAACAAAAAGCCAGAGACUAUCACUUAUCAAAAGAUAUCAAAAGAGAAAGAAGGCCAGUUGUCAAGACAAUGCCCACAGGCCCAACCACUAAGCAGGGAAGAAAAGACCAAUUCAGAUUAGCUGAACAGCCAGAAAGAGGUAGCUUUUCCCAGUCCAGACCUCCCCAAUUGCCCAAGUCCAUAGUUUCCCAAAAAGAUAUCACUUUCCAAACCACCUCAAUCAGACAGCCUUUGGGUACAGUUCAAAAUGACAGUAGUAGCAGAGCUAAGGAAAGCUACGGAACUGAAAUCUCCACCCAGGAGUCUAAGAAAUGGUCCAAGCCAGGAAACAGAGUUCAGGCCAGGGAGAGAAUUCUGCAUGGUUCCUCUGUGAAGAGAAUCUCACAUAGUCACUUUAAAGAGAAACCCACACUCAAGGAGCGAAACCACCGCAGUAGUCCCUCUGAGAGGAGCCCUCACAGUCCGUCUGAGAGGAGCCGUCUCAGAUCCUCUGAGAGAACUCAUCACGGUCCCUCUGAGAGAACUCAACACAGUCUUCCUGAGAGGAGACAUCACACUCCUUCUGAUAGGAGCCGUCUCAGUCACUCUGAGAGGAGCCAUCACAGUCACUCUGAGAGAACUCAUUACGGUCCCUCUGAGAGAACUCGACACAGUCUUCCUGAGAGGAGACAUCACACUCCUGAGAGGAGCCAUCACACUCCUGAGAGGAGCCGUCUCAGCCCCUCCGAGAGGAGACGACGCAUUCUCUCAGAGAGGCGCCAUCGCAGUCGCUCCAAGAUAGCCUGCCGCAGUCCCUCCCAGAGGAGCCAUCGCAGUCCCUCUGCGAGGAGCCGUCCCAGUACCUCUGAGAGGAACCACUACAGUCCUUCUGAGAGAAGACACAGUCCCUCUAAGAAGGGAAGACACAGUCCUGAGAGGAGCCAACGCAGUCACUCUGCGAGGAGAAGACAUAGUCCUUCUGAGAGAAGCCUAUGCAGUCACUCCGAGAGAAGACACAGUCCUUCUGAGAGCAGCCGACCCCGUCACUUUGAGAGAAUCCGUCACAGUCCCUCUGAGAGAAGCCGUCGCAGUCGUUCUGAGAGAACCCAUAGCAGCCCCUCUGAGAGAACCCGACACGGUUCUUCUAAAAAAACCCGAGACAGUCCUCCUAAGGAGAGAAUCAAGCACAGUUCCCAUGGGGAGAGGCCUAGACACAGUUUGUCUAAAGAUUUCAAACACAGAAAAACACAGAAGCAGGGCCAGUUUGGAGGGCCGAAGCUAGCAGAGGACGAGAGGUCCGCCCCCAUAAUUCACUGUCAAACCGCCCUUUCCUAGCUUCUUCCUGCUCACCCAUUGCCUCCAAUUCCUGUGCCCUCACCAAUGAAAGGGCUUCUAUGUCUCCAUUCUUGCGGGGGAUUCGGUCUGUAAUUUCUCUAACAUAAAUAAACCAAAACCAAAACCAAACCCAGUGCCGUGGAGUCGAUUCCGGCUCAUAACGACUCUAUAGGACAGAAUAGAACUGCCCCAUAGGGUUUCCAAGGAGCGCCUGGCGGAUUUGAACUGCCGACCCAUUGGUGAACUGCCGACCCAUUGGUUAGCAGCCGUAACACUUAAAGAUAAAGCGUCCAUAAUUAAAUGGGACCUUGAUUUUCAGGUGCAUCUGAGAGACCACUCCUCGUGCUGGUUGAAGGGAGGGUGGACCGACACUAGGUGUCGCACAAACGAAAGGAACGAGCUGGAGGUGCUGUGGCGCCACGUUAAGGCUCCACACUCCUCCCCUUUGUGCCAAGCCCCACCCACAGCUCCCAGGAUCCCACGACGCAAUCCCUCCGCUUGGCGGGUUCUCAGAGGAAUCUGGGGGGGGG